UUUCUUUUCAACACCAACAUUGGUGUCGCUGUUUCAAUCGCCUGAAAGUCUCUACUUCUACCCGAGGCUACCCUGUCCAUCUCCAAAAUCGAAAUAGCAGGCGCUCAAAUCCCGAUAUGACUACAGCUCACAGACCAACGUUUGAUCCUGCGCGAGGCAAGGAGGCUCAAAGAGGCCCCGCGUAUCAUCAACGACUCUUGCCCGCCUAUACUCUUCUCAAAGUCAGACAACCUGGGCAAGGCGGCGCAGCAGACACAGAACCACGAGACCUACGGGCGGAGCUUCUGGCAGCGGAAGCAGCUCAUUUUGCAAAGACCAGUGGAUCCUCCCCCGCCCCCGCAACAAGCCCCCCCAAGCUUCUCAAACGAGAAUUGGAUGAAGCCGAGAGCGAAGAUGAGAACGAAGAUCCAGAGGCGAAACGGAGAAGAGUCUUGGAAGAAACCAGAGACAUUGACGCAGACUCUGAAGGCGACGAAUCCGACAGUAGUGAAGAGGAAAGUGACGAGGAAGACGAAACAGCUGAGCUAAUGCGUGAACUCGAGAAAAUCAAACGAGAGCGUGCUGAGCAAAAAGCUAGAGAGGAGGCCGAAGACGCACAAAAAGCACAAGAGCAGCGAGAAGAAGACAUUGCGCUUGGGAAUCCAUUACUCAACCCCAAGGCCUUCAAUUUGAAACGGAGGUGGGAUGAUGAUGUUGUUUUCAAAAACCAAGCACGUGGUACGGAGCAGAAGGGCAACAAGGAAUUUGUGAAUGUGAGUCGAGGAAAUGCCACUGUCUCAAAUUGCAACUAACAGGUACAAAGGACCUCCUUCGGUCGGAUUUUCACAAGAAAUUCAUGAGCAAAUACGUUCGAUGACGCAGGUCGCUUACUCUCUCGACUCGUUCGAUUCUGGCGUUCCUGCGCCUGAAACUCAUUACUCGACCUGUGUAGUCGUGCACAUUUAGCCACGAGGGUAUUGUCAGAUUCUCUCUACCAGACGACUUGGCUCCUGCUUGCGAUAUGUUUGCAUGACUUGGACAACACCUCGCCGUCUCCUCUGACCCGCCCCCCUUGCCAACCGAGGUGACAGUUGGACGUAGCCAAACACGGCCGGUACACGAUCAGAUGAUCUACAGGAGGCUGGCUUUGGUCUCUACGCCACAAAUCUUGCUCCGUGGCAAAGCCUAAACCUGGGCAAUUCGAGCCCAGUGUUUUUUUGGAUCACCAAAGAUUAGGCCUACCGCGCCGAAGGCUCAGUAUCUCUUCCAAUCGGCACAAUACAUUCAGAGCGACUUAUGUAUAGUUGCAGAGUGUCAAAUGCCAUAAUCUGCCACUCUGGAUCAUCGUCUCCCAAACACACGCCAAUUUGACAUGCUCACCACCACCACCCAGAGUCCAGGAUCAAGGAAGUUCGACAUGAAGCGAACAUCGGCAAGACUGACAGCGUCAAAAGAAGCAAUCACCAGCCAUGACGCAGCUACAUCCAGAGCGCACCGAGUGUGUGGUCUCGCAGACAUUCUAACUUUGGAGCUUGGUGUCACUUGACUUCCAGACCAAUGCGGGGAACAUGCAUGUCGGGAAUCAAUGCUUGAAUCUACCCAUCAAUGCUUGAAGUCGUAUCGAUCCACCACUUCCACAUGCCGUCGUCAUGCUUUCGGCAUCUCUCUUUACCGUCAUUUCCAAACCUGUUGGAGCCCGCCUUUACAACACCUUAUCACGCCAUUGCUGUUCUGGUCGAUAGCUUUGUUGACAUAUGCUGGCCACUGGAACCGAACAGAACAGGAUACAUCCCUGGCGAGAGUCUCCCAUCCACCCUGAUUCAAACCAAGGCAAGCCUGCUGUGUUCCUGGAGUUUUGGUGCCAGAAGUGUCAGAGGUGCGGUAGGCUUAGCCUCAGAUUCAGCUGCGUACGUACGUGUGCACUCAUCUUAGUUUACCAUUGGCCAGAAGUAUAGUUUCUACUACGUACGACCCAUAGCAACUUCAACAUGAAGAAUGAUUGACGUGAUGAAAGUGGGGGAAGCAUUACAUCAACCUAAGCUCUCCCAAAUGUUUAAUACUGUUUCAUUACCUG